AUGACGAACCAGGACGUGGUGAUGGCGCCGGACAUGGCGGCGGCCAUGCCGGGGUCAUCCGGCCGCGCGCCGCUCUUCGCGUGCCGUGGCGCGGCGGCGGCCGUGUCGGCGGCGUACCAUGAGCUGGUCGGCGCGGCGGCGCACGUGCCGGCCAUCAGGCCGUGCGCCGGCUGGGUCGUCGAGGCGAUGCGCGCGUCCUCGCCGACCCGGUCCCCCGCUGCCGGCACCGCCGCCGCCCCCGCGGUUGACGGCGAGCACGACGCGUGGACGAGGACGAAGCUUCCGUCGGCGCUGGGUAGCUUCGAGCAGGUCGCCGCCGCGGCCAAGGGGAAGCGCGUCAUCGUGUUCCUCGACUACGACGGCACGCUCUCCCCCAUCGUCGCCGACCCCGACAUGGCCUUCAUGUCCGACGAGAUGAGGGCCGCCGUGCGCGACGUGGCGGAGCACUUCCCGGCGGCGAUCGUGACCGGGCGGCGCGUCGACAAGGUGCACGGCUUCGUGGGCCUCUCGGAGCUCUACUACGCCGGCAGCCACGGCAUGGACAUCAAGGGCCCCAGCUCCAACGAGGAAGAAGACACCAAGAUCCUCUUGCAGCCUGCUCGCGAGUUCCUCCCAGUGAUUAACAAGGCUUACAAGGCUUUGAUGGAGAAGACGAAGAGCACGCCCGGGGCAAGGGUGGAGAACAACAAGUUCUGCCUCUCCGUGCACUUCAGAUGCGUCGAUGAGAAGAGAUGGAAUCCGUUGGCGGAGCAAGUGAAGGCCGUGCUCCGGGACUACCCGGAGCUCAAGCUCACCCAGGGCAGAAAGGUUCUGGAGAUCCGGCCGGCGAUCAUGUGGGACAAGGGCAAGGCGGUGGAGUUCUUGCUGAAAUCUCUCGGAUUCGACGACCGCGGCGACGUGCUGCCGGUGUACAUAGGAGACGACCGGACCGACGAAGAUGCUUUCAAGGUGUUGAGAACGAGAGGUCAAGGGUUCGGGAUUCUUGUCUCCAAGUGUCCCAAGGAGACUGACGCAUCGUACUCUCUCCAUGACCCGUCAGAGGUCAUGGAGUUCCUUGUUCGGUUGGUGCAGUGGAAGCGUCGGCGAUCAUCGUCAGCAAUGCGCCCGAGGGUUUAAUUAGUACACUGACGGAUCACAUAUGACAGUGUUCCCUGCUAAGCCAGCUCUGACUUCUGAAGAAGUUUGAGAGUGUUUAAUUAAUCAAUCAGUUAGUAGUUAGUAGUUGUUACUUAAUUAGUGACUAAUUAAUUAACUAGUCAAUUGUACCAUCAAUAACCCCCCUUCUAUAUAUAUCGUGCCAACCCUAGCUAGAGAUAUUCAAUGUGUAGUAGUAUUGUUUUCAUUUUGUGGGUGUUUGUAAUUAAGGCCUUGCAUGUGCAAAGCUGCCUAACCACCUUUAAAAAUGUUUAUAAUCCCAUG